AUGACCAAAUAUUUUUUCGCUAAGCGCACAAAAUGGUACUUAUCACUUCUACAUAGAUUUAAGGAUGGUAUUUGCAUAUUUUGGGUAGGACACAUUCCAACACUUUGUCUGUAUGAUCCAAAUCUAAUACAAAUUGUUCUUUCAAAUAAUGUACAUAUUGAAAAACCAGAUGAAGUGUUGCUUCUAAGAGAAUGGUUAGGCAAUGGACUUCUUACUUCAACAGGUAAACAAUGGCACAGAGAUAGGAAACUUCUUACACCUACGUUUCAUUUCAGUAUACUCAAACAGUUUGCCGUAAUUAUGUCCGAUAAAGCGAAAAAUUUAAUAAAACAUAUUGAGAAAAUAUUAGAAGAAAAUCCAGGAAAAGCUAUCAAUAUUCAGCCUUCUAUAGAUAAGGCUGCCAUUAAUAUUAUACUUGAAACUGCGAUGGGUGUAAACGCAUAUGAUAUAAAAAGUUUAUUUGAUUAUAAGAUGGCGGGAUAUAGAUAUAAUCGUCUGUAUACUCAUCGUGUAAAUAGCUGGUAUUACAGACUGUUAAAACCGAUACAUAAUUUACUUCCUAUAACAAAGCAGAUUCGAGAAAAUGUUACUUGUUUGCAUAACGUUACAGACGAGGUAAUACGAAAGAAAAAACUUAUUCGUAAAACCGAAGGUGAACUAAUUGAUUAUGAUAUACAAAACAAGCCGAGAAAUAAAGCCUUUCUAGAUCUUCUAUUAGACCUAAAAAACAAUGACGCCACUUUAUUGAAUGAUGAAGAUAUAAGAGCACAUGUCGAUACAUUCAUGGCCGCAGGUAAUGAUACGACGAGAAUAUCGAUAUGUUGGGCGCUCUUUUGUAUCGGCAACUAUCUGAAUUAUCAAGAAAAGAUUCACGAAGAACUAGAAGAAGUGUUUAAAGAUUCACAGAAACCAGCGACCGUACAAGAGAUCUCGCAAUUAAAAUAUCUCGACAGAGUUAUAAAGGAGUCGCGCAGAUUAUAUCCAGCUAUACCUGCUAUAAAGAGAACUCUAUCAGAAGAUACAAAACUAGGUGAUUAUAUAAUUCCAGCCAAUACUCGAGUUAUUAUUUCAAUGUUACUGGUGCAUCGAAAUCCAGCUAUUUGGCCGAAUCCGUUAAAGUUCGAUCCUGAUCGAUUUUUACCGGAAAAUAUCAAACAUACGAAUCCGUAUGCCUACAUACCAUUCAGCGCGGGACCAAGAAACUGCAUCGGUCAAAAAUUUGCUAUGCUCGAAGAAAAAAUUAUAUUGACAGCUAUACUCAGACAAUGGAGAGUAACAUGUACCGAAACUCCAGCAGACAAAAUUGCAUUGGAAAAUAUUAUUUUGGAACCGUAUCAAGGAGUUUCUCUUCAUCUCGUGCCAAAAAAGCGGAACAAAGAAGCGAGUGGCAAGUGACACAGUUUCUUGCGAUCAGCUAAUUUUUACAAUUAAAAAUUAUACACGCAUGGAGAGUCCGGACAAUCGCUUAUCGCGCGCUCGUUUUGGAUCAGAUGUAUUACUUAAUCACUCAAUAACUAUUGUGAAUUUUGCAAAAUAAAAUAUACGACUUUUCGAUUAAUCCAAUUUACCUUCAAACUUCGACCGUGUCAAAAUUUUUCAGACACCCUGUGUAUGUUAAUUUUGAGCGACUAUAUGGGACUGCCAAAUGUAACAUGCUAUCAUAGUUCAAGUUUUACCGUUCAUUUUUGCUUCAAUUAAGAUUCACUUUACUUUCAAUGCAGCUUUUAAUUAAAAAAAAUGUUACUGUGAACCGAUGUAGUAUAAAUUUCGAAAAGAAAGAUACGCCAACGUAUAUAAACGAUACAUUUUCGAUCUUGUAUACUAGUAGAUCGCAACAAUAUUUCUUUUAAGAUUUAUAUUUUUAUGCAUUGAAUAGUACUGUACAAAAAA